AGAGAAUGGCAGAAAUUAUGGAAGAAGAUAAAGUUACCAUCAAAGAAGAAAUCUCUACUGUAGAGGAUACAUGUACUGUGUAUGUAGCGGAAGAUGUAAAAGAGGAAAAUACAGAAAAGACAGAAAAUCAAGGUGAAAAUAUCAAGAUUGAAGUAGAUCCCCUGUUCUCUGAACAAAAGAGACUUAAAAAGAGGAAGAUGAGAGAAAAAAGAGAUAAAAGUUAUUCCUGUGAAAAAUGUAAUUAUGUUGCAACUAAAUCCA